UUUUAUUUUUUUUAUUUCAAGGUUCAAAUCGGAAUGCCAUACUGGAUUAACAAUUAAACUUUGGGCUUCAUUUUUGUAUUGCCGAUAAAAAAAAAUAAUAAAUAAAAGAAUCUGCAAUUUAUUAUAAAUUUGCAAUCUAAGCAGACAGUGCUAUAUGGUGCACUUGCUUAGAAAUAUUUUGACUGUUGCUUUUAAAGAAUUCAUGCCUACUUAUUAUGAAGCCAUGAGCUUAGACAAAAUCUGUCUUGGAUAAGAAGUACAGCAUACAACUUGUGGAUAGAAGAAUCAUUUGCUUCAUAGGUCACUUUACAUCAGAAGACAGUCAUGGCAUCUGUCUCCAGCAGUGACAGUUCUAGCAGCAGGGAGAAAGAGUGUAAUCCACCAAACAACUCUCCUUCAUCCAGCCCUGACCUUGGUCCAUCUUUGCUGAGCAAAAUUAACAGCCACUUAGACCAUGAAACCGACCCGAAUUUAGACCCAGACACGGAUUAUCAUAACUUAGCAGAUCCAGUCCUACUUGGACAAAGUGACAGUUUACUGGGACAGAAUGAUGGAUUGAUGCUUGAUAGUGGAGAUGACUUCACAGAUGCUGAAGAUGACUUGAGCCUACCAACUAAUCGGGCUGUAGCCAAGUCAGAGAUCACCAGAAUGCUUCCUGCUGUAUCUGAAGCUAUAGCACCGGAAUCCUGUUUUGGCUGGCGAAAGACUUAUUUGAUGAAUCCUUUUGCUAAUAAAAGAAAAUCAAAAUCGAUUGAUGAAGGACAAGAUAAUGUAUUACCACACCGGUCAAAAGUAGAAAUAAUCUCAACUACCAGUCGAGCAGCAGUUGAACAUGCUGAGGAGUUUGUACAUAAAGUUUGGGAGGCUGGCUGGCGGGUAGCUCACCAUGCAUCACUACCCGACUGGCUAAAGGACAAUGAGUACCUUAUGAAAGGGCACAGACCACCCACAAAUUCUUUUGCAGCUUGCUUCAAGUCCAUCUUUCGAAUUCAUACAGAAACAGGAAAUAUAUGGACACAUUUGUUAGGUUUCAUAGCAUUUAUAGGUGUUGCAAUCUAUUUCCUUACACGACCCUCCGUAGAAAUACAGUGGCAAGAAAAGGCUGUAUUCUCAGCAUUUUUCGCUGGUGCAAUCUUGUGUCUGGGUUUCUCCUGGAUCUUCCAUACAGUCUACUGUCAUUCAGAAAGAGUCGGUAAAUUUUUCAACAAAUUGGACUACUGUGGAAUUGCUCUCCUCACUAUGGGAUCAUUUGUACCUUGGCUUUAUUAUAGUUUUUAUUGCCGUUUAGAGCCUAAAAUUGCUUACCUCAUACUUAUAUUUGUCCUUGGGAUAUCUUGUAUUGUUGUAUCAUUAUGGGAUAAAUUCAGCCAGCCUCAGUACCGAGGAAUUAGAGCUGGUGUUUUUAUAGGUUUGGGUUUAAGUGGUAUUAUCCCUGCCAUGCAUUAUGUUAUCACUGAUGGGUUCUAUCAUGCCAUUAAUUGUGCAUCUCUUGGCUGGCUAGCCCUUAUGGCACUUCUCUACAUAUCCGGAGCUAUCAUCUAUGCAGUUCGUAUUCCAGAAAGACUGUUUCCAGGAAAAUUUGAUAUUUGGUUUCAAAGUCACCAGAUUUUCCAUGUGUUCGUUGUCGCGGCGGCAUUUGUACAUUAUCACGGCAUCACUGCCAUAGCCAACUACAGACUCACUUUGGGUGACUGCUUAGAAACUAGAAACUCUUGAAGGAGCAAGCAAGUAGCAGCCUUGCUACUGGCCUAUCCAGAAACCUGCCAAUCUGUAUUAUAAUGUUUAAUUACUCCUGCAAUCACAGAACACAUGCCAUCAUUAAUUAAUACAUGAUGACUAGGCUCCUCUGUGUGCACAGGUUACUAACACUACUUACAUAAUACUGGGGUCUGUUGAUAACUUUUUUUUUUUUUUCCCACAAUAAUUUCAUCUCUUGACAGAGAGAAGGAAAGGUUUUUAUUUAUAAUAAUAUAUGUGUAUUUUUUUUAUGUUUUUUUUUAAAUAUAUAAACAACAGGACAGAUUGAUCAAACCAAAAAAAAAACUAAAUUUUUCCCACACAAUAUCUUUAUUUAUUUACAUCUCUCUUUCCUUCCUUUAUAUUCCCCCCUCCCCCCCCACCACCACCAUCAUCAUUCCAUGUUUUAUGUACAGACAUAUAUGAAAAUAUAUGUUUGUGUAUGUGUGUAAGACGUAUGUUUGAAGCCAUUUUACUAGAAACAAUAAAAAAUUGGAAGGCUACACGCCUAAGUAUGAUUAAUGUAGAUUUGGCUCUCUGUGUGUGUAUGUGUACAUGAGACCCUUAAUUUGGGGGGAUACAGUGUGUACAUAAGUCUGUUUAAUGAUCUCCCUCUCCCCUCCCCUCUACCCAUUUGUCAUCAUCAACGUCGUCGUUAUCAUCAUCAUCCUCAUCAUCAGAUAGAGUGAAGAAAUUAUUUGAUGACUGUAAAAAAAAAAUAUGAGAUAUAUUCUUUAGAAUGAGGUUUUUUUAAAGCUAAACUAACACUUAUUUCCAUUCCAUUAGAGUAAUCUGAGAUCGUUGGAGAAAAACCAAAUAUUUUAGCUGGAGAGAGAAAAAAAAAAAGUUAAAGAGUUCUUAUGUUUUAAAGGGCAUUACAGGGAAAUUAUAUAUAUAUAUAUAUGUGUAUGGCAUGGGUGUAUGUACAUUAUAUUUUUAUAUACAUAUGUAUUUAUAUAUAUAUAUGCAUGUACAUACACACUUGUGUCAUCAUCAUACAUGUAUUUAUGUAUAUGUUUGUGAGUUUGUGUGUGCAUAUAUAUAUCUAUAUAUAUAUAUAUAUAUGCAUACAUGCACACACACAUCAGUGUGAAGUCCGCCCAUCUCUAUUGGAACUUCAAGCAUGAGUUUCUUCUAUUUCUGUAAGUCACAUACUCCUCUUUCUUUAUUCUUCUAUCCUAAUCCUCAUGUGCUGCAGAUCCUCUACAACAGUUCUCUCAGUGUGGCCUGAUUUUCCUUUUUCUUUCUUUCUUUCUUUUUUUACCUCCUCCUUUCUGAUACCCAUAUUUCUUCAUGAGAUAGCCUUUCCUCUUUCAAACCAAGGACAUGUCCACUAAAUUACCUACACCGCCUUUUUCACAAUACCUUGUAAAUUUUCCAUCCCAACUAUUUCUGUAUCUUAUUUCUCCUGGAAAUUUUCAAUAUUGACCACAGAUUGUUGUGUAUGCUAACUAACUGUUCCAUGUGACGUUGGCAAAAAUAGCUGUUGGUACUACAAUGAACAUGUCAAGGCAUAAUUCCACUUCUGUGCUGACAGAGGUUUUGGACCUUACGGGAUCCAUCAACUCAAAAGAUUACUGCAGCUUUUGUAAACCUCUUCCAAGAUCUGGGAAUAUUGUCACACCCUCUCUAGGUACCUAGUUCCAGUCUUGAUGAGAGGAUAUGGUGAUUAAACUGAUAGAUAUAAUGGUGGUUUUGUCUCAGCCGAUACGAAAUCCAUCUGCAUUUGCAUUUAAGGCAGAUGUUAUUUUCUGCGGAGUUUUUACUUGAAGGUUUAGCAGUACAACAUCAUCAGCAAAAUCCAAAUCUCCCCUGGUCUCUUUCCUCUCCAUUGUUAUGGUACUCUCUGAAUUGCACACACUCAUCUUCCCUAUGAAGUCAACAACACAAGAAAGAAAGAGGGAAACAGCAAACAAUACAGCCCUAGUAAACAACUGUUAUAAUAUCAAACAGUACAUCCUUGAUGAACAACCGUCACAAUAUUAAACAAUUCUGUAUUCCCAAUGUGUGUACUGAUCCAGCAGGAAUAUUAUUGAUUUGAAGAUGUUCAGAAGUUCUCUGGUAUAUCAUAAAGAUGUAUAAUCUUUAUCACAGUGACUUGUGGUGAACACUGUCAAAGGCCUUCUUGUACUCAAAUGUAAUUGAUGUUGUUCAGAAUACAUUGUACUAUUCAGUAAUAACAUACAAGGUGAAUAUUUGUUCUAUACACAAUUUGGUGCUAUGAGAGCUAAACCUGCUGUUGAUGGAGACUGGUCUAAUUUUAAUUUUUAGUCUUUUCAGAAUCACAGUACAAAACACUUAGGAUAAACAACAUUAUGAUGCUUGUCUUUAACUAGUGCAAUCAUUGAAACAUUGUUUCUUUGUUGGGGAGAGUUCUCCUAUCACUUGGUACUUGUAAUGCAGGUCAUAUUAGAUCAGACUGAAAAGAUUGACGAGUUAACUGUGCAGUAAUAUCCCGGCCAUGUUUCAGCAUAUAGAAAGUAUGGAUAUUGUCAGGAUGAUCUGCUCUAGCUGCCUUGUUAUUCAUUUGGUGUUUGAUCAUUGUUCAGAGUCCAAAAGACUGAGUGGUGCUGGCCAAUUGAGAUGUCUUUUAAGCAUUCAAUCCAUUUUGGGGUUUAGUCUGCACUGAUCAGUAGUAUGCAGCCCUCUGUACUGUAUUGACACACUGCUCCUACUUCUGCCAGUUAAGCUUUUUGACUCCCUUAUACAGUGUUCUUAAAUCAUGCAUGUCUGCUGCUCUGUGCUUCAGUGAAUUUUGCCUUCCAACCAUCUCUGAUCUUUUGCUACAGCUAUAUUUCACCCUUUCUUAAGAUUCUGGUUCAGUCUCUCUUGACUUUGGCAUCUUUCUUCUCAUCAGAUUUCAUGACUCUGUUCUCUCUUGAUACUUCUCUUUGUGCUAACCAAUAAAUUCUUGUGCACUAGCAUUAACAAUCUGGGUAAACAACUUCCAUUGUUUAUCAACAGUGACUUCAUCUUGUAACACUUGGAAUUUCUUAUCUUCACUUGAAAUUUCUCUGCUUUAGCUGACUCCUUGUCCUUUUUAAGUUCUCACAUAUGUUCUUGGUGGCUUAACCCAUUUGUUUCUCUUUAGCUUCAGGACUUUACUAAUGACCAAGUUAUGAUCUGAUUCAACAUCAGCUCCAUAUGCACAAACAUCCUGCAGGGAAGUGUGCCUCUUUGUGUUUUGCCAAGCUAAUAGAUUUCAUUUCUGAUAUUGUUAUCUGGAGAUGUCAGAGUCAUCUUAGCAGAUGACCUAAAUAAUUAAAUGAAAUACAGGUACCUCUACAUUAGUAUAAAUGAUGCAAGUUUAUUCAUACUAUACUGUGCAAGGUACUUCUCUGUCAGCCACAGGAAUUUGAAGUUUCUGCUCGUAAAUUAGUGCAGACUAUAAGAGGUUCUGGACCAUCAGUGUUUGGAAAGCAGCCUCUCUACAUUAUCAUUGUUCUUGUCAAUACAUUCAUGUGGGCCAGUAUUUGAUUCUGAUCCACUUCUAUUUUCAUCAGCUUGUUAUUGAAAUCUCCAAUUGCCAGCUUGAUUGUGUAUCUCAGUAACUCAGUACUUCAUACUUUGACAGUCUGCAGCUGAAGAACUCAAUGUUCUAAUCAACACUACAAAAUUCUCUUUCUCUCUCUAUUUAUCUAUCUAUCUAAUCUGUGGAUGUGUAUAUGAGUAUAUAUGUAUACAUAUAUACGUACAAGUGUAUAGACACACACGCACGCAAACACAAAACCUUCGUAAGUCACUUUGUUUACCUGGGUGUAUUGGUAGUAGUUGUCAGUUGUUGUUCUUGGUUUAGUUAAUUAGUUCCAGUCAGCUGUGCACAGCUCAACAAGCAUAGUUCUUGACCAACUGUUUGGGGGCAUCUCUUAUAUUUCCAAGCUAAUGUGUUAUCUUCACUGCACAAGGGGAGACACCACAUUCAAGUCUGUUUGAAAAAUUGUACCAUACACUUUAUCAUCUGGUAUUUGAUCAGAUGGAGUACAUAUGUGUAGCAGUAGUCUGGCCAUGAUAUGUUAAUUUUAGUUUUGUUUUGCUUUUGUUCAUUUCUCUUCUUAAUGCCAUAUCUUUUACUUAUUUUAUUUUGUUUCAAUUUUUUUUUUUUCUGUUAAAAAACACUCCUGAAUUCCCUCAGAAGCUUCUUGCUGUGUAAUGUGCCUUUAGCUCACUCUAAUAUAACUCUUUGCCUUAAUACUGAUCAUUGUCUGCAAAUAUACCCCUUUCAUCUCUUUUAUCUUUAGUCAUCAGAUAUCUAUACUAUUUUCUUGAACAUAUCUAAUUUGGUUUCAAAGUGAUUACAAAGUUUCUCUUUGAUGCACAAACGUUAUCCAGCUUUAGUAUUUAUUGUUCUACAAGUAACAACUGAAGCUGUUCUUUAUCUUCUAAAAUAUUUAGCUUUUGUCCAUUUUGUUUCAACUAAUUUAUACUAAUUUCAACCUAGUGUUGACUCCUUAUUAGCAGUCAGUGUUUGACUGCAACAGUAUCUCUUAACUAAUGCAAUAUAAUUCGUUUGUUGAAGUAUUUAGUCCAAGUAUAGCAAUGCAGUUUAUUUUCAGACAUGAAAUCAGUCUGAUUUUCAGUCACCAGAUUAUGAAUUUUGAGUUCAAAUCGUCCCACCAUUAGCAUUCCACAUUCAUCUAACUGUUGGAAUUGUCACAUCUUUGAGGAAUAUCAUAUCUCAUUUGCAAUAGUCUAGCAUUCCUAUUCAGGAGAUUUCUCUCUCAUUCUCUACACAGAACCUAAUUAUACCUGAGGUGGCUUUACAGGCAUUUAUUAUUUUAUUUUAAUAUAGUUCUUAUCAUUGAUACUCUACUACAAAGAUAUAUUUCUUCAUCUGUCAUUUAUAUAAAUUUCCAUUGGCCUGUCUUGAUAUUUCUUUUGUUUACUCAUUCCUUCGAUACGUAUGUGUGUAUGCAUGCAUGCUUAUAUUCUGGAAUUUUGAUUUGUUAUUGAGAAAUGUCAUUGUGAAAUUCUGAGAAGGUUUAUAAAGUGCAUGAUCAUCCUCAUUUUAUCAGAGAUAAUAACAUAGAUCUGUUUUAUUCUGGAGCAUUUAAAAUGAGGUGAUAUCUUUUGAGUUUUUUUUUUUGUUUGUUUCAUUAGAACAUAGCUACAAAUUCAAAGAAGUUUCUUAGUUCCUCAGAAUCCAGACUAUAGCAUAACUACAAACGUAAGUGUAAUUACUUCACAUUUUACAUAUUUCAACUAUUUUUAACUUGUAACUAUAAGAAAAUAGAAGAAGGCAUUAUAUCUGUACAGGCACAUAUACACAUGCAUUGUACAUGUGUGUAUGUGUACACAUAUACAUGUAGGCAUUAAUUAUAGUUCUUAUUGCUAUUACUGACCAGUUUAGAGAGCAGAGCAAUGAAGGUGGCUAAGGCAAUAGGGUAUCAAACUAAAUGCUUUACAGAAAAUGCCAGCCAUUUGUGCUGCCAAUUAAAAUCCUGCAUUUCAUUUCUGCAGCAGAUGUAAUGAGUUUUGUUGAUUUGUGGAGCUAGUGAAGUAGACUAUAGGAAUAACGUUCUACUCACUGAUGUUGUUCUUAACAUUUAGCUUUUCUAGUUUAGAUCCAAAUAAAUCAGCAUAGCUAAGUGUCUUUUUUUUUAUUAAAUGUUAUAUUCUUGACUUGUAACAUUAAAAUUCUCUAGACUGAAAUCUAAGAACUUUUCUUAAGGCAAGGGAUAGUUUUUCUCUUUGGUGGUGUUUGACAUCAGAUAGCUGUAACUCUACAGUUACUUUAAAUAGGUGAUAAUUUUUUUUUUUUUUUCACCAUUUAUGAGUGAUGUAUGAAUGAGUUUAUAGGAAGUACAUCUGAAUAUCUGUAUUUAUUGUAUGUAUGAAUACGUGUGUGUAUCAUACGUGAAAAUACAUUGAAUGUCUACAGUUUAUGUGCAUGUGGGGAUAUUAGAAUGGGUACAUGAGACGUACAUGUGUGUGUCUGAAGCUUUUCAAUAUAUAUCUGAGUACGGUUGCGUGAGUGUAUGAACAUAUUCAUGUAUCUCCAAACACAAAAGACAUAUGUUCUCUCUCUUUCUCACUACCACUCUUACAAUAUCACACGCACCAACAUGUUUUAAUUAAAGGAAUCUGUGAUUAAUCAAACAACUGAAUUAAAUCAGAAAUAACUUAGCUAUGUCUCCAUUCACUUCUUCCUCUUCCACUUGUCAUUCUUUCUAUCUUCUCUUCUCUCUCUCUCUGUCUCUUUUCUCUUCUCCCAGAUUCUCUGUCAUCCAAUGAGCUGGCUCCCAUCGAACUGGCCAAAAUACAACAAAUAUUGCUACACCCAGUAUGGCCCUGCCUGUUUACACUGCAAGUGUAUGUUGCUGCGUUUAUAUACACACAUACGCACACAUACACACAAACACACACACACACAUAUAUAUAAAGAUAUCAGAAGGGUGUUCAUUCCCAUGUUAAUUUUCUCCCUCCUUCAUAUUCAUAUCUGGAAAAAAAAAUGUUAUAAAUAAGUUAAAGAAACUCUUAAUAAAAUAAAAUAAAUCUUCAGCAAAAAAAAAAAACUAACAAACAA